CCCAGAUGCAGGCCAGACUGAAGCCCUGAGGCCUGCCUGUGGACAGCAGGAGAGACCAGAGAACACAGAAGAAGGGUCAGAGAGAUCCAAACCGCCAAGGGCCAAGCCUGAACCUGGGAGGGAGACCAACAGACUUCCAGGUGGCCAUGGAGGUGCCUGGAAAGAGGGGCUAAAAGCAGUUGGUGACUGUUUAGUGCAUCUGGGGACUGGUCUUACGCUGCAUCCCCACAUGUCCCAGAGGCCCCAGUCUGGAUCCCAGAGCACCCAGCCAGGUUUCCUUCCAGGAGCUCCCAGUAAUACUCAAAAUGAGACCGAAGUCUCUCCACCAAUUACCGACAGGCCCCAGGUCAGAAUCCAAGACUCUCAGCCCAUUAUCAACAGUGGCCGGGUCAGCAUCCAAGAGCCCCCGCCCAUUAUCCAUAAUCGCCGGGUCAGCAUCCAAGAGCCCCCGCCCAUUAACCAUAAUCGCCGGGUCAGCAUCCAAGAGCCCCCGCUCAUUAUCCAUAAUCGCCGGGCCAGCAUCCAAGGGCCCCCACCCAUUAUCAACAGUCACCGGGUCAGCAUCCAAGAACCCUUGUCCAUUAUCCACAAUCGCCGGGUCAGCAUCCAAGACCCUCCACUAGUCCACAGCCGCUGGGCCAGUAUCCAAGAUGCGCCACCCAUUAUCCACAGUUGCUGGGUCAGUACUGAGGACAUGCCAUCCACUGUGAGUGGUCAUCGGCUCAGUAUCCAAGAUGCACCGUCAGUUACCUACAGUCACCGUUUGAAGACCCAAGAUGUUCCACCAACUUUCCAAACGCGCCACUUCAGCAUCCAAAACUCUCUAUUACUUCCUCACGUCUCCCUGAACAAUGUAGAGUCCCUUAACUACAAUAGUAGUCAAGUCAGUAGCCAAGACCACCUUCCAACAAGUCAGAGCCCUUGUUUGAGUACUCAAUGCCUCACAUUGCCAAUCCGGGCCAAAGUCGAUGUCCCCCCUUCAAUUACUCACAGCCCCACGGCCAGUGUCAAAAGCACUGAUUCAAUCAUCUGGACCACCCAGGAGAGUUUCAAAGACUCUAUGGACAGCUCCCUAUACAACCCAAGUACUCUAGACAAUAUCCAGAGCAUACGAUCAAGCAGAUCUGCUGAGAUGGAUUCUGGCGGGUGUCAGAGAAGGAGUAAAUGCAGCUAUUCACAGCUGCCCAUGGGCUGGCGGCUGCUGCAUGGAGCCAAGAAGAUCAGCCGUCAGGUGAGCCUGGCACUGAGCCUGGCUGGCAUGGUGAUCAUCGGUCUCAUCACCCUGGGCCAGCCCUGGAUCCACUUCCAGGUUCCAUUGACACCCCCUGGGGAUCCUGAUGGCCCCUCGACCAUCCCCAUCAACACCAUCUUCUUUGUGCAGUGCCCUGACAUCUCCUGCCUUCAUGAGUACGACCAGAAUGCUUACUUGUUGGACUUUGCCUGGGCCUUUCUCAUCCUCGCCAGUAUUGCCGGCUUCUGCCUCUGCAUCAUGCUCAUAAACAUCAUCUUCUUCACCAGCUCCAACUUACCUGUGCUGGACUUCUCCAACGUCAUCAUCAGCAUCCUGACAGGGGCCAGCAUGAUACUGGGUAUCCUGUUCUACCUGAUGCAAGCCCAUGAGUACCUGCAGGAAGGCAUGACCUACACUCUGGGGCUCAGCUUCUACCUGGCGUGGACCGGCAUCUUUCUCUUCCUGAUGAGUUUCCUUUCCUAUCUGAACUACAUGAACUUCUGGUCCAUCCUGGCGCUCCAGGCCAUCUGGACUUGAUGGCGCUCCAGGACACAGGAAUGACCCCACCGCUGGCCUGCUCCCACAGCUCCCUGCCAAGCCCUUGACAACCCUACUCUCUAGUCCCCCACCCCCCCACUGAGAGUCUUGCCCUUUUUGGUCCCCUCUUAAGCCCCCCACUCAGAUUAAUAAUUUAAAUAAUCUGUACCUUUUGCCCAGAAUAUUCUCUUAGCUCAGUACCUUGUAAGUGUUCUGUGGAAAUGCCAACUCUCACGGGGGCCAUCCCUUGGGCCGUCUGGGGUAGAGGGACAGGUGAGGGAAGCGAUUCAGAGGAAAGAGACGCAAGGCACAAGGUCAACAAAGAGGCUGUGCCAAUGGUUCCUGGCAUACAUACAAAUGGUGUCAAUCAAUAUUUGUUGAAUAGCUGAUUCUCUCCAAGCCCUUAAGGGCUUCAUCUUUUACUUCCCAGACCCCCAAUAAUGUGCCCCUCCUGAGGUAAAUUCUCCCUGCACCCACACCUCACCUCCCGCCCUUACCAGCGGCCCCUGUCAUCACUUCCUCUUUCUUCUCGCCAAACUCCUCCAACACAGGGCUGUUCUUUUUAAAAAUUGUCUAUCUGUCUAUCUAUCUACCUAUCUAUCCAUCCAUCCAUCCAUUUUUAAGGCUGUUCCAUGUAGCAUAUUUUUGCUAUCAGAGUCAUUUGUUGAACAGGGCACGGUUGAAACUCAAGUACAAAUUUAUCUCACUACCUGGGUCCCCCUACAGGCCCUUGACCUGGGGGGGGGGUCCCCUCUACCUCCCUUUCACACAGUGGUUAAGCUGGAAGGGUUGAGUCUAGGCUCUGCCACCUACUAGCUCUGUGACCUGUGUCCAGGCAUUGACCCAUCUGGGUCUCAAUUUGCUCAUCUGUAAAAUGGGGGUAAUGACAGUACUUCAAUCUAGAUAGAGUUUAACAUAACACCUAGUUUGUGCUCUUUAAGGGUUGCUAAAAUAAUCCGCUUCUCUCCC